CACACACACCAUCAGAGCAAGACCAGGAAGACAGAAGCCAACUGAACUGCACUCUACAUACUGCUUUGACAAGAGGUGGACACACACUCUCUUAACAAAGCCAAGUGGACCUCUGCUUGGAGCCACAUUGCAACUUAUCACUUGGCGUGAGCAACACAUUGUCUCUCAUCUGAUCUAAGCCAGAACAAGCAACUGGAACCUGGAACAUUGACUGUGUCCAACACGUUUGGGGCUUUGACCGCCUUCAUCCAGGAAGAUUACAUACAGAUAGAGACCCGGAUCUGACCUCUGUCUCUCCCCUCCAUCAUUCUCUCUGGUCUCUCUCUGUCUCUCCCCUCCAUCAUUCUCUCUGGUCUCUCUCUGUCUCUCCCCUCCAUCUCUCUCUCUGUCUCUCCGCUCCAUCUCUCUCUCUCUGUCUCCUCACCCUUCCAUCCUCCCAGUAUGAUGAUGAGGAGAGAUCGUCUGCUCCUGGCUGUGACCCUCACAGCCAUUUUCACCGCUGACCUCUACUUCGUCCUGCUCCCCAAGCUCCGCCACAGACAACCAGGACCAGGGAAUGGAGCCUGCCUCUGUCCCUCCUCCAGGAGGACUAACUUCACCCUUGCUGGGUACAGUGGCCUCACCAUCCCCUGGUUCUCCAACAUCACCUCCAUAGACCUCCAGGGUAAGGGGGUCGGAGCUGUGGACGACUCCACAGAUUGGGGCUCGAAGCUGGGGAGGCUGUUUGCUCACCCUCUGUAUAACAUUCAGACACCGGAGCUGGGGCUGGAAGAGAGGCUGAUGCAGUCUGAAGAGCUAAUGGAGUAUUACAGGAGGAAGGUAUUGCGCUGGGAGAGGCAUAUGAAGCUGUACAGUGAGGCUGCAGCGGCCCUCAACGUGACAAUGCUGGAACACCAGGUGACCUUUGACCCUGAGGCCAGCUGGCUGAAGUUCCACCUGGGCAUCAACCGCUAUGCCCUGUACGCCCGCGAUGACCCCGCCAUCACCCGCCUGCUGCAAAACAUGCAGGCCACCACUGUCAUCAGCGCAGAUUACACUCAAGAUGAAAAGGCCCUCAAAGGAGCAUGUGACUGUACGCAGGUGGUAAAGCCCAGUGGACACCAUCUCAAGCUGGCCCUGAAGAUGCAGAACUUUGGCAAGGCCAUGUUUAAACCCAUGAGACAGCAGAGAGACCAGGAGACUCCUGGUGAUGUGUUCUACUUUGUCGACUUCCAGAGACACAAUGCUGAGAUUGCUGCUUUUCACCUGGACAGAAUCCUGGACUUCCGGAGGGUACCGCCAGUGGUGGGCAGGCUGGUGAACGUGACGGGGGAGAUUCUCCUGACCACUCACAACGAGGACCUAAGGAGUGUGUUCUUUACCUCUCCAGCAAACAACACAUGUUUCUUUGCCAAGUGUCUAUACGUGUGUAAGACUGAGUAUGCAGUGUGUGGGAGCCCUGACCUGCUGGAGGGCUCCAUGUCAGCCUACCUCCCCGGUCUCAGCAUUGCCCCUCGUAUCUCCCUCCCCAACCCCUGGAUACGAUCAUACACCUUCACUGGCAGGGAGGAGUGGGAGGUGAACCCCUUCUACUGUGACACCAUAAAGCGUCUGUAUCCCUACAACUCAGGGAACAGGCUGCUCAACAUCAUAGAUAUGGCCAUCUUUGACUUCCUCAUUGGUAACAUGGACAGGCACCAUUAUGAGAUCUUCACUAAGUUUGGCGAUGAAGGUUUCCUUCUUCACUUUGACAACGCCAAAGGGUUUGGGAAGCAUUCUCAUGAUGAGAUGUCCAUACUGGCUCCACUGUCACAGUGCUGCAUUAUAAAGCGUUCCACGUUGCUGCGGCUGCAGCUCCUCUCACAGGACCACUACAGGCUCAGUGACGUGAUGAGGGAGUCCCUGGGAGGAGACGCACUGCAGCCGGUCCUCGCUGAGCCCCACCUGCAGGCCCUGGACCGCCGGCUGCAGCGCGUCCUGAAGACAGUCCACAGGUGUGUCCGCAGGCUGGGAGAGGCUCAGGUGAUCACCACAGACUUUGUUGAUACCUCCGUCAUGCCUGAGUCUGUCAAACCAGUGGCUACGCCCAACAAGGAGAAGUAAUUAAGGUUACUAAGGAAUCCAAACGGAGAAGUGCACUAUAAUAGAGGAUUAGGGUGGCAUUUUGGACGUAUCCCCAAGUCCUGCAAGGGAAGGUAACUAUAGACUAAGGACAGCCUGAGGAUCAUAAUGGCAGGUGAACCUGUCCUGUAAAGCAGGAAGCAGUCAGAGUAAUACAUUCUGCAUUAGUUUUCAGUGGUGUGAAUUCAUGGAUGCCAAGGGAAGACAGGCUUCUCCAAAAAUUUGAAAAAAUAUAUAUAUAUGUAUAAAAUACUGUAUCUUUCGUCUCUCUAUUUUCAUAAUUUCCGUCAAUUCGCAAGUGUCUGAAUCUCACCGGAGAAAUAUUCUGAGCGAGGGAAAUAGCGCCCCUCUGUCUCAGUAUGUGUAGCCCAUGUAUCUGAUGCUGUCUGGACCAAAAGAGUAUGACAUGUUGCCGCCGUAGGGUUUGAUUGAUUGAUGUCAAUAAGGAUUUGGCCUCCCUUGAUAAAAAAGUAUAACAUAAUUAGCCAAUCAGCAUUGAGCUGAGCUCAACUGUGGGUUGUACUGCUGCAGCAAAACGCCUCCAAGGGAGGCCAGUUUGGAUUUGGCUUCACACCAAUCAAAUCACAUCCUGAGCAAAACUUCACUGUCAGAAAAGUGUGUCUGUUUCUGGUCUGCUUGUGUUGAUGUCCUGCAGUAGCUAGCUUGCUAAAUCGGCCCUUUCCCAACCCAUGAAUGGAGAUGGAAAUUUGGACUUGUGAUGGCAAUUCUCUCUACAGGCCAAUGGUUAUGACGGCAAUUCCGAUCUCACCAUAGAUCCAUAUAUUGUGCCACUAGCCUGAGAUGAUUGAAGUUCAAUAUUUAGCCUAGAUGGAGCCUAGUAGGCUCACAUUAACUAGCUAGCUAACUUAACCGCUUCAUUGCUACCCAUGCGAGGAAGUUAGGCUAGCAAGCAUUUUAGCUAGGUAGCCUAUGAAAAUAAAAAGUACAAAACCAUAGAUCGUUCUGCCAACAUGAAAGAGAGGAGGACGGCAUUGGCGUUCAACUAAUCUAUAAGUAGUGAGUCCCCACGCAAGCACACACACACAGACAGAAAUCAGUACCAUGGACAGCCACAUGAUAUUUAGCCAUAUUGAUUGGACAAAAUUGUUUUUGGCAUCUUUGUUUGUUUUCAAUGUAUUAAACUAAGCAUAUAUAGCCUUGUU